AUUGUGCAAUGCAGGUUGUCUUGGCUGCAGAUGACUGGAAGCGUUAACAUUUGGCAUAAUGCGUUGAAGUCCAGUUCUCUUUUUACUGCACGAAUAAUGAACGAAAUACAGAAAGAGUGAUAUAAUGGCUGUUGAAGCAGUCCACUGCAACCUGAGUCAGAAUGGCAUAGAUCAUGCAUCCUGCACAGAAGAAGUGUGCUUAGAGCUGCAGACAGAAAGUGCAGAGAGUCCAGCGGGGAGUGAGGAGAGUAAUCCAAGCCUGCCCGAGACUAAAGGAAGUCCAAAACAACAGAACUCGGAUGCAGAAACAACACGGCCUGGCAAUGUGAAGCUGUCUAAGCCGGUAGCUCUAUGGACCCAGCAGGAUGUCUGUAAGUGGCUGAAGAAACAUUGCCCCAACCAGUAUCAAAUCUACAGUGAGUCCUUCAAACAGCAUGAUAUAACAGGUCGGGCUUUGAUGAGACUAACAGAUAAGAAGCUGGAGAGGAUGGGGAUAGCACAGGAAAGCCAGCGACAGCACAUCUUACAGCAGGUUCUGCAGCUGAGAGUGAGGGAGGAAGUCAGGAACCUGCAGUUACUUACACAAGAGGUCCACAAUUCAAAGAACCACUGCUGUGUCAGAUUGUGGGGCAUGUCUAAACCCAUAGCUUGACUUGACCUAAUUGAAGGGGGAAAAAAACUCAUCCUCACCGGAGAGUUCACAGUAGUGUCCCCAUUCCAGAGGCAGGGAACCACCUGACUGUCUCUCCCAGGAGACCACAAGGAAGUGACCUCUUCAAGGACAACAUCUGUUUAAGACAGAAGAAAAAGGAACAAAAAUGAAGUCUGAAGAGAUGUUUCCAAAAACUGGAAGCUCCCCUUUGUUUACUAGUAUACUGUACUUUAAACUAUAAGUAGCAC